AUGACACCUAUGGUUAAUCUGAACUCUAAAACACAGACUACCCCAUCAACUAACUCUCAAGUAAAUAUGGAGAUUUAUCACAGUCAAACAGCUGGUUAUCCACAGAAAUUUUCGACUACCUAUUCACUUAACACGCAUCCUUCACAUUUUGGAUAUGAUACACGACUGCGCGCUCCAAUAAUGAAUUCGCUACCUAUGCAUUUAAGAGCAAAUAAUCAAAAUUCUACAGGGAUUGUCAUACCCAAUCCAAGAUAUGCUGGCUCAAAUAACGUUAUAUUCACAACUGGCAGUGCACAACUCCCAGCUUUUUCAAACCUUCCUCCAGAUCAAAUUCGUGAUUUGGACACAAUGAGAAGACGAAUGCAGACUGACCUACCGACGAAUAUUCAUCAGAGCCAGACAUCAUCAGCUACACGAGAUGACCUGACGAACGCUGACAAUCAGGAAAAUAUUCAAAGAGAAAAUGAAAGGAAACGAUCCAUAUUUGGUACAUUAGGACGUAUGUUUAAAAAACCGAGUGCUGUAAAUUUACCCAGCUCCAUAAGUCAAACGACGGACAGUAACACAAAACCUAUUUCAGCACAUAUGCAACAGUCGUCAACCUUACCUUUGUACUCCAAUCAACUGAUACAACCUUCUCGCAAUUAUUAUAUGCAUAAUGUCCCCCUUUCACAGUCCUUUUAUAAACCAGAUGAACGAAAUAGACUGUACAAUAUCCCAUAUUCAAUUCAGGAUUCUGGAUUUAACAACAUGUCACAUUUUAAUCGUUCUAUACAUCCCAGCUCCCAUGCUCAGUAUCAGAUCCAAGAAGGAUCAUUUAGGUAUAGUCCACGACCGCCUUCACAUCACGCUUAUUUCGGAAAACCUAAACCUGAUGUAUACACUUCUGAAAUGCAUGUCAACCGAGAGCAAAACAUUAAUCAUCUACCUUCAGUAUCUCAUUCUACAAAUAUUCAAGCUCCCAUCGGUCAAAAGCAAACUCAAGAGGACAAACAGAAAUCCCAAAAAGUGCUACUUGAAGAUGCGAUUCGCAGCAAUUUACCAUUCACCUCCUGGAGUAGUCCUAUACUGGUUGCAUGGUUAAAAUUAUGGGUUGGCAUGCCAGCAUGGUACGUUGCAGCCUGUGAAGCCAAUAUCAAAUCUGGUGCCAUGCUUGCCUCAUUGUCUGAGCAAGAUAUUCAAAGGGAAUUAGGCAUAAGAAAUCCUUUACAUCGGCUUAAACUUCGUUUAGCUGUACAUGAAAUGCUUGCAUUCACUGCAUCGUUGACAAGUUCAGCAUCAAAUAUGGCGAAGGAUGAUGAAGCCACUACCUCUAUAAAACAAUUACAUCUUGCAUCUCCUCUAAUUAAGGGUGAGUUGAAUCACGAAUGGAUUGGCAAUGUUUGGUUACCAAGUCUUGGUUUAGCAAGAUACAGAUCAGCGUUUAUGGAGUGUCUUGUUGACGCUCGUAUGUUAAGUCAUUUAACUAAGCGUGAUUUAAGAACACACUUAAAGAUGGUCGAUCAAUUUCAUCGCUUGAGUCUUUACUAUGGAAUUAUGUGUCUCAAACGUUUGGAUUAUGAUCGAGCUGAACUUGAAAAACGUCGGGAAGCAAGUCAGAAUAGCCUAAAUGAUUUACUCGUAUGGAGUAAUGAAAGAGUUAUCAUAUGGCUUCGAGGUAUAGGUUUCGGUGAAUAUGCGAAAAAUCUUGUCGACUCCGGUGUCCACGGUGCUUUAAUGGCUUUAGAUCCUGAUUUUGACGCAAAUUCACUCGCAUUGGUUUUGCAAAUACCGAAUUCAGAUGUACAAAUGAGACAUAAACUUGAGCGUGAACUCAAUAGACUGCUUCUUCCUUAUCGACCAGUAAAUCAAAAUACUUCAGUGGCAUCAAAAAAUUCCAUUAUGAAUUAUGAUACAGCGGCUAGUUGGAUUGCUUCUGUUGAAAGACCUGAACCAGCCUACUAUGAAAACCAAUUUGACACGGUUGACUCUUCACUUGGUGAAUCAUCUUACAGACCAAGUGCUAUAGGUGUACAACAAAAUCAAAAGCUCACAACAAGUAGAAAUAUCACAGCAGUAUCUGAAAGUAUAAAUGGAGCACCACCUAUUCCAUCAAGAUCACAAAGGAAUAUUGACAAACGACAUCCUGUAUCAACCAGCCAGGUCACCAAUAAUACGCAAAAUCAACCUCCUUUGAAUACAAAUCUUUCCCGAAGUGGACAUUACAGAGGUCCAGAAAAACUGACUCUUUUUUCACAGUUUGAAUGA